AAAUUCCGAUUUGACAUAACUUUGGUUCUGAGAAUGUUUGGUGUUCUACUUUGAUGGCUGUGUUAUUGUGUGCUGUGCGCAUUGACAACAUAGAGUAACCUCACCAUUUUAUGGAGCACAGAACACAGUGCAACACAAAGUGUGAAACUAAGAGAGACUUUACAUUUCUGGACCUAGCUGAAUCAUCCAGUUUUAUGGUAGAUCUGUCUCCAUAGGUUUGUAGGAGAUUGGCGAAGAAAGAAUAAGAUGGCGUCUAUGCGAUAUUAUUUGGCAACCCAUGAUUUCUCUGCCCUGCCAGAAUCUAUUGAUGGGGUUUAUGAAACUGUGGAGAAAGGAAGCAUGCUAACACCAGUUGAUGCUCCACCCACUGCCAUUAUCCGAGUAGAUGAUCCAAAACACUCGCCCACUCCACUCUGGCUCCGAGUUCAGGAAACACAGAGAGUGGUCGGAGUUGCAGUGGAGUCAGUGAUUGAGCUAGACCCUCUGGUGGGUAGGAUACUGCUGGCAGUGACGGACACAGAAGAACGUUUGGCAUUCUUCAGAGACCGACGUAGAAUGAGGGAAGUGAUUGAAUUAAAACCAAGGGACUGUGUCAGGGUGCAGGUCACCUCCUCCAGUGGGCGCAAGGAGAAGGGUGUGCUACAUUACAGAGGACUUGUAAGCCACCGGCAAGGGAUUCUCUUUGGGGUGCAGCUUGUAGGCUCAGCAGUUGGUAAAGGAUUCACAGAUGGUUCAUUUCUUGGACAGCGGUUCUUCCAGUGCAAUGAAAAUUGCGGGGUUUUUGUUCCAGGAAGCAGGCUGGAAAGGGAGCCAAAUGAAUCUUCAAGUCGAAGAAUGAGAAAUGUGGAAGAAAACAAUGUGGAACGGCCAGAAGAACAUGUGCGAGGUCCCAGGAGAACCAACACUAGAGCAGUUGAACUCCCUGUAGAGCCACGACCAAAGCAGUUGAAUUUCCUCUCUCGUGGAGUCAGGCAACAGAGCCCUCCGCGAGCUGGAGAGAAAGAACAGGAUAACGAGCUUGGACCGGUAGGGGAAGGAAGGAGUGCUCAGCGUGGUGUACCAGAGGAGAACACUAUACAGGUGGAAGAGGAACCUAAACCUUUUAAUACCCCGCUGGAGAUAUCGGACUCUCAGCCUUCCUCUCAUUCUUCUCCUGAAGAUCAUCGACCACCUUCCAGUCUUUACUGCCCCCCUAAGAAUGGGGACCAUACUAGUCUACUGCCUGAAGCAACAUUUCCAAUGCAAGGUUUGGAGCUGAAUUCAAUGGUUGAAGUAGAUGACCCCCCUAUCUAUGGGGUGAUUCGUUGGAUUGGGCAGACCCCAGAAUCUGCUGAACCCAUAGCUGGGCUUGAAAUGGAAGAAGAGAUGUCUUCUGGCUGCACGGAUGGCAUGUAUAGAGGGAACAGAUGUUUCGAGUGUGGGCCCAAUAAAGCACUAUUUGUCAAACUGAAAAGUUGUAGGCCUGAUUCUCGAUUCUCUUCUCUUCAUGGCCGAGUAAAUCAAAUCCAGCGCUGUAAUUCUAUUGCAUUCCAGGACUAUGCUAGUAAGUGUGUUGAGGAAAAUACUCCCCCAGCUGAAGGAAAUGAAGCAAUAGAACUUCUGACCGGUUGGAAAAAGGGUAUCCAGGGACACUGCAAUUCCUGCUACUUGGACGCAACCCUUUUCUGCAUGUUUGCAUGUUCCUCUGUUUUGGACACCAUGCUCCUUCGUCCAGCAGACAAGAAUGACAAUGAUUCAUACACUGUAACGCGGGACCUGCUGCGCACUGAGAUUGUGAACCCACUCCGAAGGAAUGGUUAUGUAUGUGCCACCAAAAUCAUGGCCCUGAGGAAGAUCUUGGAAGCUGCAGGGAGGAGUACAGGGUUCACAAAUGAAGAAAAAGAUCCUGAAGAGUUUCUCACCAACUUGUUCCAGGUCCUUAGGGCAGAGCCUCUGUUUUAUAUCAGAAUAUCUAAAAAGAAGCCUCAGGGAUGUCUGUUCUACCAGAUAUUUAUGGAAAGGAAGCUAUCUGUGAAUAUGCCCAGUGUCCAGCAACUCUUGGAGUGGUCAAUGGUCACUGGUGACCUUAAGUUUACAGAGGCCCCAUCCUGCCUUAUUAUCCAGAUGCCAAGGAAUGGAAAGAACUUCAAGAUGUUUCCUACCAUCAUUCCAACAGUAGAGCUGAAUAUCACUGACCUGCUGGAAGACACCCCACGGCAGUGCUGCAUUUGUCAGUCCCUGGCGGUGGUGGAAUGUCAGGAAUGCUAUGAAGAUGUUGGAAUCACUCCAGGACACAUAAAGCAGUACUGCGACAUCUGCAAUGCACAGGUUCAUCUUCACAAGCAGCGCAAAGGACACCAGCCUAGGCAGCUACAUUUUCCUAAAGAUAUCCGUGGACAAGUCAUGUUUCAACGACAGAGCAUGGAACUCUUUGCUGUGUUAUGCAUAGAGACCAGUCACUAUGUGGCUUUCAUUAGGCUCAACUCCCAGAAACGUCCACUUUGGGUCUUCUUCGAUAGCAUGGCUGAUCGAGAGGGUGGAGAAAAUGGCUUUAACAUCCCUCGAGUUACCCCCUGCCCAGAGGUAUCAGAAUAUCUUGAAAUGACUCCUGAACAGCUUCAAAAAGAAGACCCAAAGACAAUGCCAACAUAUGUCCGCCGUCUCUUUUGUGAUGCGUAUAUGUGCCUGUACUAUAGCCCUGACCUCAGCCUUUACAAAUAGGUGCUAUGUCUGAAAAAAGGCAGGAAGAGAACACUUGGGGGUUUCAAAUUAACUUUCUAUUUUGUUAUUCACUAAACUGGAAUUUAGGAAAUUAAAUCUGAAUUGCAAAAUAGCCAAGCUUUAAGUAGAGCGUAGGUGGAAUAUUUUUAGUUUACAAUUCUGUAUGUGCACUGUGGAAAAACUGGAGUCUAAAUGUCUAAAAUGGUACAUUUUGGUCCAUGGAUCUCUAAAAUCAUUGUAUAUACUUACCUGUGACCUCAAUGAUUUUUUUUUAUUUAUUUUUUUUUAGCCCUUGUUUUGCUUGUCUUUGGUUCAAGGAAAUAAUUAGACAAAAUCAGUUUCUACAUUCCUCUGUCAGGUACAUCCUGCUUACGUCCGACUUUGGUCAAAAACAGGGUAGAGAAAUACUUCCCUUAACCAGUAAUCAGCAACUGGUUUCACUGCACAUAUGGUUCCUGUUUUCAAUGAUGUGCUGCAUUUAGUGCUUUUCUUGGACCAGUUGGCAGGGCCAAAAUGUAAUUUAUUGGAGGUUUGGUGCAAGAGAACAGAGGUUUACUGAAAUCAGAUCUCACAUGUUAUUCCAUGCCAACUCUGAGUGUUAGAAAAGUCUGCAAUAAGACACAUUUUUAAGCUGACUUUUCAUAUUCCAUAACACUGAAUAACUAAAAUAUCUAUUAAUUUUAUGUGGAAUAUGGUUUUUACAACCCAACCAAGGAUCUGUAUCCAAAACUUGGCCGGACAUCAAAUGCUACAUGGUUUUACUGUUUUUGAGCAGGCUCAAAUCCGUUUUCGUGUACACUCUAAUCAUGUAUACGUUGUAAUGUGUGCAGUUUGUUUGUAUAAAAUUAAUUAUACCAGUUGACAUAUUUGGAGUGCAUCACAGGAAGUGUAAUUGCCGCAGGAACCGCAUGGUUGAGGUGGAUGUGGGGGAGAGAAUUUUUUUUUUUUU